CCGCGGGCCACCCGUGUAGGUCCCACCAUUUAUGUCGCCACCGCAUUCAGCAGACAGCCCGCUCCACUUACACGCCGUCGCUUACACAAAAACUCGUUUCUGUCUCCGGUAAAAGCUAUUUAAAAAAAAUAAUAGCAAUUAUUUAAUAUUAACUAGUUGUUACCUCCAAGCAGAAUUGCGAGCUAGCUGGUGUUGCCGCUUUCAUCAUCUUCUUCUUCUUCUUCCACUUUUUCUCCCCUCCCCGCUCCCCACCCAUGUGCAGAAAGGGGGAAAAGCAGACUGCAAAAAAAUAUCAGAGAGAAAAAGCGCCAUUCCCAUUCCUCCAUAUCUCAAUAAACUCACAGCCCAACAACAACAUUCCCACUAAUAAAGUCUCUCCCUAUUCCCCCCUCUACUGUUAAUCGAUUACCCACUCGAAUCAGGAGUUUUUAAAGGACCCCGCCGGCGCAAUGUCAGCUCCGGCGCCUACCUCCCCGCCGUCCACCAACUCCACCGCGCCACCUCCGGCCACUCCCUCAGCACCUCCUCCGGCGACUCCCUCCGCGCCUCCACCUUCCCCUCCCGCCGCCGCUCCUCCUCCGGCGACUCCUUCCGCGCCUCCCCCGGCGACUCCUUCCACCCCUCCACCGGCGCCCGCCACUCCUUCAGCUCCGGCACCUGCUUCCCCAUCCCCGCCGACCACUCCUUCACCUUCGCCGCCAUCUCCUCCUUCUUCCCUCACUCCUUCGCCGCCCUCCUCCACGACCCCGCCGUCCACCCCUUCCACGCCGUCUACCCCGGGGACCCGAACGCCUCCCUCCUCCCGCUCGCCGCCGAACUCGUCCUCGUCUGACGGGGGGUCCUCGAUUUCGACCGGAACCGUUGUCGGGAUUGCAAUUGGAGGAGCGGUGAUUCUAGUGCUUAUUAGCUUGGUGUGCAUUCUCUGUAGAAAGAGGAAGAGAAGAGGCGACAAUGAAGCCGGUUACUACGCUCCUCCACCGCCGCCUUCUUCUGCUCCUAAAGUGGACCCAUACGGCGGCCAACAGCAACAGCAUUGGCAGCAGAUGGCUCCGCCGCCGCCGGAUCGAGUGGUGGCAUCAAUGCUAAAGCCGCCACCUGGGCCGCCAGCACCGGCGAGACAACCACCGCCACCUCAGCAGCCGGCUUACCUGAGCAGCAGCGGGGCGUCCAACUACUCCGGCUCCGAAACCCCACUCCCACCGCCUUCUCCUGGACUAUCGUUGGGCUUCUCGAAGAGCAUGUUUACAUAUGAAGAGCUAGCGAGGGCUACUGAUGGGUUCUCAGAGGCUAACUUGCUUGGACAAGGUGGGUUUGGUUAUGUUCACAGAGGAGUGCUUCCAAAUGGCAAGGAAGUAGCUAUCAAGCAGCUGAAGGCAGGGAGUGGCCAGGGGGAGAGGGAGUUUCAGGCGGAAGUGGAGAUCAUCAGCCGUGUUCAUCAUAAGCAUCUGGUUUCGUUGGUUGGUUACUGCAUUACUGGGUCUGAGAGAUUGCUGGUUUAUGAGUUUGUGCAGAAUGAUACAUUGGAGUUCCAUUUACACGCGAAAGGGCGACCUACAAUGGAGUGGUCGAAUAGGUUGAAGAUUGCUUUGGGGUCUGCUAAAGGGCUUGCCUAUCUUCAUGAAGAUUGUCAUCCGAAGAUCAUUCAUCGUGAUAUUAAGGCAGCCAAUAUACUUUUGGAUUUCAAGUUCGAGGCCAAGGUUGCUGAUUUCGGAUUAGCAAAGAUUACAUCUGAUGUUAACACUCAUGUCUCCACCAGGGUGAUGGGAACUUUUGGAUACAUGGCUCCCGAGUAUGCUUCAAGUGGAAAGCUCUCCGACAAAUCCGAUGUGUUCUCCUUUGGAAUAAUGCUUCUAGAGCUGAUUACAGGGCGCCGCCCUGUUGACACGACUCACACUUACAUGGAUGACAGUCUGGUGGACUGGGCUCGGCCCUUACUUUCACGAGCUCUAGAGGAUGGAAAUUACGAGUCUUUGGUCGAUCAGAAACUCGUAGACUACAACCACAAUGAGAUGGCUCGAAUGGUUGCCUGUGCUGCUGCCUGCGUUCGCCACUCUGCCAGGCGCCGCCCACGUAUGAGCCAGCAGGUAGUGCGAGCUCUAGAAGGAGACGUAUCGCUAGCAGACCUCAACGAAGGGAUAAAACCAGGGCACAGCCGAAUGUAUUCGUACGAAAGCUCAGAUUAUGACACGAGCCAGUACAAUGAGGACAUGAAGAAGUUCAGGAAGAUGGCGCUUGGCAGCAAAGAGUAUGGUGCGAGUGACGAGUACAGUGGCCCUCCCACGAGCGAUUAUGGGCUAAACCCUUCGGGAUCAAGCAGCGAGGGGCAGACGACGAGGGAAAUGGAGAUGGGGAAGGUGAAGGGAAACAGUCAAGGGUUCAGUUGAAGCUCUUGAACAGUUGAACCCCUCCUCAGUCCUCGCACAUCUCACUUUACUGUAAAGACACAGCCCCUUCUUUCCCUCCCCUGCUCUUUUGCUUGUAUGGAAUUUUUUUUGGGUUUGAAUUGGCUCAUUGGAUGUCACAUUGAUUUCCCAGAAUGACAUGUGUUCUUCAUCAACCAGCAGUCAGCACAUGAGCAAAAAUAUUCUUUUUUCUUUUUCCCUUGUUUAUCUGGUUUUUUCUUACUCCUUGAUUUUCUACGGAUGUAUUUAUUAGUAGCGAGUAAAUACUGGAAAGAGAGGCCAAAAUUGACAGUCUAGUAGAAGCUUUUGUUAUGAUUCUUUGAUUCAUUUGCUUGGUUACUUGAAUUGAAUGUGAAUACAUGCUGCAUUGUGCAUUUGAUUUGGGU